AUGAUGUUUCCAAUGGGACUAUUAUGUCAACGUUAUGGUGGCAAGUUACCGUUACAGAUUGCUCUCUUUGUCAAUGGAAUCGUGUCUAUUGCCACGCCUUGGCUGACAGUAUGGGGAGACUGGAAGGCACUGUGCGCCUGCAGAAUUUUGCAAGGCCUUUCCCAGGCUGGUACAUACCCUUGCAUCCAAAGUGUCCUGGGCAAAUGGGUUCCUAUAAAUGAACGUGCUACUCUUGGUUGUUGUGUUCAUACAGGACUUACAAUAGGCACAGUAAUUGCUUUUCAACUAGCAGGAUUUUUAGGAUCUAGUAAAUGGGGCUGGCCAUCUAUUUUCUACGCCACUGGAGUAAUAUGUCUCUUGUGCUUCAUUCUUAUCACGAUAUUUGGAGCUUCAAACCCUUCAGAACACAAGUCUGUUACAGAGAAGGAAAAAAAUUAUAUCAAGGGAUCUUUUAUCGACAAUAAUGAUAAGAGUGGUAUCUUGUCAUCUUUACCUUACGUAGCUGGCUUCUUCACCAUGCUUCUAUUUGGAUGGCUAUCGGACUACAGCACAAACAAUAAAAUCAUUAAUUACAUUGAUUUAGCUCCGGAUUUCAGCGGGACUCUCACAGCAAUUGGAAACACUCUGGCCAACAUUUUUAAUCUCAUAACACCUGCUAUCAUCUCAUACAUAGUUACUGAUAUGACAAAUAUUACGCAGUGGCGUCUAUUGUUCUUCAUUACAUCAGGGGUGGCCUUAAUUGCAAACACUGUCUUUGUUAUACUAGUAUCUACAGAUGUUCAGCCAUGGAAUUACGGUGAACAAAAAGAAUCGUGCGAUGAAGUAAAAAAAGAAAAUAUUAAAGAAACACAUACCAUCGUGACUACAUUAUGA